GAAAACUUGCAGAGUUUGCCAUUGUUUAAUGAAUAUUUCAUUGGCACUUUGAUACCAUUGUUUGCAGGUUUUAAUACACCGAAUAUAUUUGGGAUAAUCCCUUUAGCGAAACCCGUUGCUACAAGAAAGAACAAUAUCCAUUUUGGCAGCUGCUGAGUGUACUGUGCUCAUUUGGACACCAGAGGGCAGACUCGUUCUGAUUAUAGGAACAGGAAGUGGCCUGAAAGUGACUUUUGCACUUGGCGUCGGCGCAGUGGCAUCUCCAGGAAACGCGAUGUUACAGUUAAUAUGUUAUCAGAAAGCAAGAUCUUCGGGAUUACUCAUGAUAAAGAGGUUUUUCUUGUCCCAGAGGGAAAGACCAGUGCUGACGUUGUUUACAAAGAAUCCAUGUCCUCUUUGUGAUGAAGCAAAAGAAGCUCUUGCACCAUAUAUGGACAGGUUUGUUCUAGAGCAAGUGGAUAUAACUCAGACGGAGAAUGCAGCCUGGUAUGACCGAUAUAAGUACGACAUUCCCGUUUUUCAUCUAAAUGGACAAUUCCUAAUGAUGCACAGAGUAAACAUUAAGAAACUUGAAAAGCACCUUGGUAAACUGGAACAACAACAUAAAUAAUAUUGACAAACUAGGCGUUUUUCUGUACUCUUGUCUUACAGGUCUGAAACUUCUAGAUUUUCUUAUUGUUUCAUGACGUAUGUACAUUAGUCUGUUUAGACCCUUCUAGUUUUCUAUGUCAUUGUUAAUCAUUAUUCACUGAUGCAAAUACAGAGAAACCACAGCCAAAUGUGGACCUGGA